AUGGCGCGCGCAUCUGCUACACACGCUACAUAAGUGCAUUAUUUAUACCAUAUAUCGUAUCUGUAAAAGAGGCAACGCUAUUUUGGACUCGAAAGCUGACUAAACGUCAAAAGACACUCGGGAAAAAAUCAUGGAAAUGGAUAUAAAUAAUUCAAUGAUCCCUGGCGAUCAACGCUUAAUUGACCAUAUAGUUGGUGAAGUCAAAUCUCAAGGCAUUUUUGACCAGUUUAGAAAGGAAUGUUUGGCCGACGUCGAUACCAAGCCUGCAUACCAAAAUUUGAGGACAAGAGUAGAGAGCUCAGUUACUUCAUUUUUGAGCAAGCAAACUUGGAGGGCUGAUUUAAAUAAAAAUCAGUUGAGGGAAACAUUAAGAAAACAUAUACGUGAUGCGCCAUACCUAGAUGUAGGUAUUGAGAGAAUAGUUGAUCAAGUAGUUAAUCCAAAGAUAUAUUCAAACUUCAUGCCUCAUAUUGAAGAUGUCGUUUAUAAAUACAUGGGAAUUGAAAGACCCAAACCUCAAAAAAAUGGAUCUUGCGACUUGACAGACUUGUUACCAAAAGAUUUAGAUCCAAUUUCAGAAUCAGACUCUGAAAAGGAGAGUGAAAAAAAUCUUGUGAUGGAUAUUAAAAAAGAAGAUGAUGAUGAUAUGGAAAUAAAAGAAACCAUCACAGAAGAAAUGGAAAAACCAUCGUCCAAUGUAUCUGAAGAAAAACCAAUUCUUUCCUCGUCGAUAGUACCUGAAGUAAAGGAAGAAACUAUUACUCUUGAAAAUCAAGAAAGCAUGGAAGUUGAAGAGAGCGUGUCAGAAAAAGUUGAGUUAAAUACCUCGAUAAAAUCUGAUGAUGCUAAUAAAACUGAAGAAGAUGAAGAAGAAAGUCCAAUGUUUGAACCAAUUGAAGCUAUACAUGCAGCAGAAUCUAAUAUGUCAAAUGAUUCUCCAAUGUCUGGAAUUUCUGAGUUAACGAGUCCAACUUCACGAAGUCCAGACUAUUUGGUUAAUACUGCUCGUGAUAAUUUUGAUGGUAGUAAUCAAGAUUCUCAAUUUAGUAAAGUUUCUUCAAAUUCACAUUUAUCUAUUGUGACUGAUAUUGGCUCUUCCAAUCAAGCUUCCAACUCCCUGUCAGAAUCAAAAGAUGAUAUAAAAAGUUCCAAAGAUAAUUUUAAGGCCGUAAGAGAGAAUGACUCUACUAAAGAUUCAUUUGAGUUUGAAGUUGCAAAGAAAAAUAUGAGUAGUAAUUUAUCAAAAGAAAAUUCUCAAGAUGCUACUGAUUUCAAAAACAGUAAAGAUAAGUAUGAUUCUAGAACAAAAAGCUCAAAAGACAAAUAUGGAAGUCAUAGUAGUAGAGACAAGGAUAAAGAUUCUAAAAAACAGUAUAGCAGUAAAUAUAGUAAACAUUCUAGGAGUAAAAGUAGAGAUCAGAACGAAUCGGAGAAAAGUGAAUCUCAAGACAGUGUCAAAUAUAAAGAUAGUAAAACAAAAGAUUCAGAAUCGUCAAAAGAUGUUAAGGAUUUGAAAGAUCUGUACAAGGAAAAAAUACGAGAACUACGUGAGAAAAAAGAAUUAACAGAAAAAGAAAAAUUUGGAAGAAGCAGUAAGGACUCUAAGGAAACCAAGGAUAAAAAAGAAAAUUCAAAUAAAGAUGAUAGUAAAAAAUCUUCAUCUAAAAGUUCAAGUGAUCGCAGACAUUCAAGUCAAUCAGAUUCUCGAGAUAAGUAUAGUAACACCAAAUAUGAAGAAAAAAAAAGUGUUACCAGUAAAAAUGAUUCUAAAUCAAGUAGCAGCAGGAGAGAUUCAAAAUAUGAAAGUAGAAGUAGUGAUAGAUCGAGAGAUAAAAAACGCACCACAGAGAAAAAAUCUAAGGAUGAUCACGCCAGUCACAAAAGAAAUUCUCAUGAGCAUCGCUCAAUAGACAGAGAAGGAUCUAAUGAUUUUCACAGUAAAAAUUCUGAUAAAAGUUCACAUGAAUCAAACCUCUCAAAAGUUGGACAAACUUCCAAAGGAAGCAGUAGAAGUAGCCAUUUAAGCGGAGAAAGCUCUAACAAUGUGAUUGAUUUACCUGCAAAAUUUAAAAACUCUCAUCAGGAACAUCAACUUAAGCGAGUGGAUCCUGGUUCCUCAGAAAUAUCAUUACCUUUGAAGAAAAGACCACUUCCUAAUUCAGACUCUACUCCAUGCACAUCAGCUCCUAAAAAACCAAAAAUAGACGAUACAAAAGUCGUGAAAAAGAAAAAUGAUAUUUUCAAAAGUGACAUGGAUGUUGAAUGCGUUCCAGAUGAUGAACGAGUACAAAUUGUUGAAUAUGAAGAUGAAGACUAUGAUGGUCCUUACCCUGAACCAAAUCCUAUUUUAUCAAUUGAAGAGACAAAGAAAAUAAUUCUUGAUACUGAACAAUUUACUCAAUCAGCCCAAACAAAAUUAUCAGAAAUGGAACAAUCCAUAAGAGAUUCUUUAAGGGAAAUGAUGGCUGACCAUGUUACAAGUAAAAGUCCGAUUAAUGAAUCAACAGAAGACAGCAUAAGUAAUUCUACACUUGUUGAUGAUCCUAAAAUUGUUACUGAUUCAGAAUCUCUUCUAGAAACCCUUACUGAUGAUUCAGUAAUUCCAUCUGAAAGUCUUCUUGAUACUACUCAAUCUUCUGGAAAUUUAUUAUUAACUGAGAAUAUUGAAGAAAAUAUUGAACAUAUUCAAAUGGAUGUAGAUGAAGCAGAAAGAAGCAUAAAAGAAGAUAAAAAGAAGUUGGAGGCAAGUUUCUCAAAUAAUGAAACAGAUAUUAAAAAUGAUGAAAAUAUCAGUGAGGCUUUUGAUGUUGGUGAAAACUUAGUUGACACCAACACUGAAGAAAAUAAAAAUGAUAAUUCGCAAGAAUAUAAACAUUGCAAUAACCUAUCAGAAGUAAAAAGUAUUGAGGCGCCUCAAGAACUUGAAGUAAUAAAAGAUAAUGUUCUUUUACUAAAUCACGAAGAAUCAUCCAAUAUCACAACAGAUACUGACAAAAUUGAAGAAACAGAAGUACAGGAUAGUAAAAGUUCAUCUGAAAACUCCAAAGUUGAGGUCAAUGACAGUAUAGAAAAAAUUGAUGAAUCUGUAGAUAGUAAUGAUGUGUUCAAUGAAAAAGACUCUGAAAGCAUGGAUAGUACAGGUGAUAAUAUCGAUGAAGGGAAAUUAAUCAUAGAUGAAGAUUCUGAAAAAGAAAAUGAUCAAGAAAUUAAAGAACAAGAAUUAAGAAACUCCGAAUCAAGAGAUCAAUUUCUAAUUGACACUGGUGCUCAAAAAUCACCUGCAUCAGAUUGUUCAAACAAUGUGGCAGAUGAAGUUACUGAUAUGAAUAAUGAGACUAUUCAAAAAAAUAUUGUUUUUGUUCAAAAACCAAUUGAAACAAUAGAUGAAAAAAUAGACUUAUCUGAAGAUAAUAUUUUGAUCCAAUCCAGCAAAAGAUUAGAAUCAAUUAUCAAAUAUGAGUCUGAAGAUAGCAAUUCAGCAGUAAGUUCAAUUGAUACUGAUUUAAACAAAAAAGAUUCUGAAUCAACUUCAAUUGAUACAUCAAAUAAUGAAGAUAUGGAUCAAGAAAGUAUUAAACCCUCUUUGAAACGUAGAGCUGUUUCACCGAUUGAGGAAGAUUGCUAUUAUCUGGAGAAUGAUACCACACAUUAUCAAAAUUUCUUGUGCUUUUUAAGAAAUUUUGAAGCAAACCAGUGCUCAAGUCCAGAUCCUCCGGUUGAACUCAGAUCUUCUGAAGUUCUAGACAGUCAAUCAGAAGCUAUUUCUCCUGGAAGAGAAUCAGACACUCCAUCCCCUGCUUUUAAAUUUUCUACAGAUUCAACAUCUGAAAUAUCUUCAAGUAAUAGUACUUCUGCCGAAGCAGUAUUAGAAAAUCCUCUAGCAGAAUCGGAAAUUAUGUGUAAAAAAAAGAAGAAAGCCGGCAGGGCUAAGAAAAUACAUAAUUCUCCCAGUACUAGUGGUCAGCAACAAGUUCAUCAACCAAUGCAACCACAGCCUGGCACAUCUAGCAUGGAAGAUUUCCUUAUGCCUCUCAGUCCAGUCAGCGACGCUUCAGUUACCAGUGACCUUGGUCUCACUAGAGAAGAGAAAGGGCGUAAUCGCAGUAGGCAGCGCUACUCGAGCGACGACUUAUACAAGCCCAGGCCUCUAAUAACGUCAUCUACGCGCAGACAGAGACGUUUCCAACCGGCAUAGCCACGCGCCUUUCGGCGCUCCCGACUUCGGUACCGGGUCCAGCCGACAUUGCCGACAACGGUAUUGUCAUCACCAGAAUCGCCGAGCCAGCAACAACGCGAACCUCGCAUUGUUCUAAGCGAUUGUCUUCUAGACCCGGCGACUCGUGCUCGUCUCGCUCGCAAAUGAUGUAUUUUGCUGGGCUUAUUCAAUAACGUUAAUUUAUAUAGACUAUAAAAAAAUUAUAUUUUGCGACAUAUUAUUUACUUAAGAUGUCUUUAAACAAAACAUCUGUGGAUAAAAGCAGGUGUUGAAUUAAAAUAGUUGGUUCAAGGUGAUGCAUUUAUAGUGCCAAAAUCAUAUAGGUAAUUCUCUAAUAAGUUGAAAGAUAAAUGCACUUUUAUAACGAAGCUCAAUUUGCAGAUUUUGAUCAGAGCAAACUUUACUAUUAAAAAAAGUAUGUAGACGAUGUUCUUUACAUAUGAUUAAGAGGUAGAAAGCAUGAGAAUAUAUUUUAUUACUUAUUCAAUUUUAUAAUAGAAUGAGUAUUGAUGAACUGUUAAACAUUUUAUUCUCUGUACAGAAGAUUUAUGUGCUUUUAACUUUUAUUGUGUGUAUGUCUGAUGGAUAUUCUGUUUAAGUUGAGAGAUCAUAUAGAUUAGUGAAUGAAUUAAUCGUUCGUCUGAUUGCUUUUUAUUCUCGCACUUCAUCUGUCACUCUGAUAAUCUUUGCUUGGACAUUUUCUUCAUAGUUUUUGUAAUCAAGUAACUGAGCAUUAUUUGUUAUUUUCGUUUGAUAUUUUAAGUUUUGUUGAAAGUGUUGAAAGUUGCUUUAAUUGUUUUUAACAACAUGUCCUUACAGUACAAUUUAAUAAGCGCAAAAAUGUUGUCAUUAGGUUUAGUGUACAAUGUUCUUAUCUAUAAAUUAUUUUUAUAAAUCAUAUCUGCAAAAAUUGCUAACAUCACUUUGAAAUUUAACUAUGAUAAAUAUUCUGGAUGUAAAUAUGAGAUAAAUAAGUACAAAAAUUCGCGAAUUUGUGAUAAAUUGAACAUGGUGAUGUUCGUGCAAAUUUAGAAAAAAUCAAAAACACUUCAAAUUGAUUUGAAAAAUAGUAUUCUAUAUUUUUAAAUAUAGUUUUUGGAACGCUUUAAUUAAGCAAAUUGCAACCAGUCAGUCAAUUUUAUUUGGUUAAAAAAAUUGUUAAUGUUUAAAAAUACUUUCACGUCAAAAGUAGAAAGUAUUUUUGUAUUCCAUAAAAAUAGUAUGAAUUUUGAAUAAAACCAAAAUUACUUAAUUCGUAAUAAGCACUGAAUCGCAAUAACAUAUCUCUCACAAUUGACAAAUUUUACUUGAUUGCCAGCAAAAUACUCUUUGCCUGCAUACAUGUGAACUCAUUGUAUUUACCAAGAGUAAAAUUCAUUUUUAAUUGUAGUUGUACAUAGAAAAAAUACGUGCUUAUGAAAAAUCAAUUACGCACGAGAUACUCUAUAAAGAAAACAUGAUAGGAAAAUUUGUUACAUAUAGCAGUGCCUGCAGGAAUGUAUUCAUCUUAGAUAGUUAAAUUUUCCGUAAAAUAAAUUUAUUGUUAAAGAUCUUUUUAAUCGAAUACACACAUUUGUAUAAUUAUUAUAUGUAAUUUUACGAAACUGAGUCAGAUUUUUUCGGUAAUACUAAUCUAAAAUCGUAGCAAUAAUUUAUUGUACCUAUUAAUUUAAGCGUUUAAUAAAAAGUACUAUAAAAAUAA